AUGGCACCAUCCGGAGACGCCUCGGCGUUCGACAAACAACUGGCCGAGGCCAUCUGCGAUCUCGAGAUCCCCUUGUACAUCAAAUUCUCCCCCGACGGCGAAAAGGUUCUUUACAAGACAGCACCCGAUCCUCGCAAAGGCAAGAAUAGUGUGUCAACGUUAUGGCUGGCCUCGACCACAGAGCCAGGUUCUUCGCGCCAACUGACCUCGGGUCAGUCCCAAGAAGGCGACCCAGAAUGGCAUCCCAGUGGAAAUCAGGUAGCAUUCGUUUCCGAUCGCGCGAAACCGGGCGAGAGCUCGGCCAUCUAUAUGCUUCGUUUGGACGGUGGUGACGCUGUUGCCAUCACCCCGGCCGACAACGCCCAGGAUAUUGAGUCAUUUGCCUUUUCUCCAAAUGGAGAGACCAUCGCCUAUCUUUCUCCUGAUGAAAAGACCGAAGAGCUCAAGGAGAAGGAGGAGAAGGACGAGUCUGGCCCAGAUGUCUGGGGAGAACAGUGGGAGUAUGCUCGCCUGCGCCUUGUCAAUGUGGCAUCCCACGAGACCAAGACUCUUGUCGAAGGUGACCGGCACAUCGAUGAACUUGCCUGGAGUCCUGACGGGAAGAGUGUGGCCUUUUUCAGCAUCGCGAACCCCAACAUCGAGGAGGCCAUGCUGACGGGCACAACCAUCUGCACCGUCAACGUGGAAACCGGUGCUAUCAGGGAUCUGUGCAAGGUGCCAAAUGAGCUCAACUACCUAACCUGGGCGCCCGACGGCUCUAUUUACUUCACCACCGGGACACCCGACAACAGGGACACAGGAGGCCUGGCUGUUUACACCGUUGAUCCUGCGGCAGCCGAGCCCAAGCAUGUCAAGAUCGCGUGCGGCGAGCAUGACCACGCGGCAGGGAUCGCUGUGGCCGGCGGAAAACUCUUGGUGAAUCGCGCCGUCAGGUUCAGCAGUGUCAUCAGCGAGCUGGGUGGGAAGGACCUCUUCCAAAAGGACACGGAGAUUUGGGCAUGGGAUGUAUUUGUCAAUCCAGAUUCCGGUACUCCAAUCCUCGCUGCCGGCUUGUCAGACGUCGAUACGCCUUAUGAAGUGUUCAUCGUUGAGGAGGGGAAGGAGGACCUCAAGCUUUCCCAUCAUGGCAAGCCUCUCGAGAGUCGAUCAUUUGGCUCCUGUAGCGAACUCACCUGUCAAUCCGCAGACGGAGAGGUUGAACUGGACGCUCUGUAUUUGACGCCGACCUCCAAAAAGACGGAGAAUGGCACGCCCGUGGAGCCGUUGCCGACGUUUGUCAUAAUCCACGGAGGACCAACAUCUCGCGACUGCAAGGUCUUCGACGGGGCCUGCUACCAAUGGGCUCCAUACAUCCUCUCCAAGGGUUACGGUGUGCUUCUUCCGCAGUACCGCGGUUCCACUGGUCGUGGCGAGAAGUUCGCCUCGUACAGCAUGGGCGGCCAGGGGAAAUACGACUACGCCGACGUCAUAUCCAUCACAGACAACGCCAUCAAGAAGGGCUUCGCGGACCCCAAGAAGCUCAUAGUAGGCGGAUGGAGCCAGGGCGGCCUGAUCACAUACCUGUGCAGCGUGCGAAAUGGCCUGCAUGGCCUCGGCUGGCGCUUCAACGCCACCAUCGCAGGAGCAGGUGUCUGCGAUAUCGAGAGUCUUGCCAUCACAUCAGAUCUCGGCUCAACCUAUGAGAGGGAACUCGCUGGCGGAGAUUCCAUCUGGACGCUCGACCGUCACGACACGAGGAACCGCCAGGGCAGCGCGCUGUGGGAGGUCGCCGGCGCGGUGAAGCAGUCUCGUGAGCGCGGAGAGCCCGUGAUCCCUCCCAUGCUGAUCUUGCAUGGAGACAAGGACGUCCGUUGCCCGUUUUCACAGGCCGAGGGUUUCCGUCGCGCCUUGAGGACUCACGGAUUGCCCUGCGAGUUUGUGGCGUACCCUGGCGAGGGGCACGGUAUCAGGGCGCGGAGAUUUUGGCUGGAUAUGUUUGAAAGGGUAGGGAGGUGGUGCGAUCUUUACAUUGGACCGGGAGUGGAGGAUAAGUUGGUAACCAUGGUUGAUGAGAAACUUCAAGUCUAG